AUGACCAUCAAUAGAGAUAGACCUCCACAAUAUUCAUCAUCUCCACCACCUUCGUACAGCUGUACAGUGUAUAAACAAGGAUUUGUAAGACUGAAGAAAGAAACUAGCAUUGGAGGCGCAGUGGAAAUCAAUCGUUCAUGGAGAACUGUCUACUUUUGCCUCAGAGGCACGAUCCUGCACGUCUACAAGAAGGAAAACAGCAAAUACCCCAUUGAUUCCAUCUCUAUGCUGAAGGGUAGCUGUGGCAUUGCUACAGAUUACAAAAAAGACAAUGUACUACGGCUUCGACUAGGGACAACUAAAGAGCAGUACUUGAUUUCGCCUUUAGGUCAUCUGCCAGAGACGAUCUCUUGGUUUGAACAUUUGCAAUCAUCUGCUAAUAUCAGCACUGACAUUGAUAAGAGACACAUGCCCAAGAUUUUGACGUUAUCUCGAGGCAAUGGCCAACUGCAAGACCAUUAUUACAUUGUCAGCUUAGGCAUACUUUGUGAUGCCUAA